CCUUAUGAAACACACACUUACAUGGAAGAGACACAGAUGUCACUUCAGAGGCUGUUUUACACUUUAUUUAGAGCUGAUCUGGAGUCUGUAGAGGUCCGUUCACCUGGGCAGGUCUACAGCCUGAAGCACCUUAAGACAACCAGGCGAUAGACGGUGCCUCGGUCCGUGACACACGUCUGGAAGUUGGACGAGCUGCGUGCGUCAUGUGGCUGCAGAACUGAGCUUCACACGAGCUGAACGGCUCCGAGGUGCGAUUUGAUUUCAUUCUACAGACUCCGGCCUGAAUUCCAAGGAAAACCAAGUCGGUCCCCUCCCUUUCUUUUUCUUUGUGUGUGUGUGUGUGCGCGCGCGCGCGUCUCCAUCCAUUCACCGAUCCAUCCAUCUAUCCAUCCGUCCGUCUGUCCCUCUCCUCCUCCCCUUGGGGCUGCUGGACGAGCAGAGGAGGCCGUGAGAGGAGCAGAUUCAGUGAGAGAGGGAGGAAGGACGCUGCCAGGACAUUCGGGCUCAUCGGUGCGGACCAGAGCAGACUUUUUUUCGGGGCGGGGAUGGUGAGGGACUUUCUCGGCUCUGCUGCGUCUCGAACGGCCGAACCAAGAUCAUGAGAGGCUGCAGGGCGGCGGAGAAGCGGCCGUCGUCCUCUUGUCUUUGACGCCCCGUGUGUCCCCAGAUCAGCUCCUGGAUGGCCGCGCAGGUGAGGGAUGGAAGCUGAUGGUUGCAACGAGGGAGGAUGCUGCUGCUGCUGCUGCUGCUGAACUGAGAAAAUCCGUGUAAAAAAGCGCAAGACAACAAUGACACCAACGUUUCGAGGAAAAACGGUAUUUUUCUUCCUCCUUUCUGCUCGACGUUGUGCUUUGUGAAAUAAGACACAUUUUUGCUUCUCGUCAGAGCGCACUGGUUAAACAGCUGGAAGGUGGCGGGGGAGACGUUUUAGCCACACACUGUAUCAAACAUUGCGGAUGUUUUAAAAUAAAUAAAUAAUCGUAGCUUUUUCUCCCGUUUUUGAUGCCUUCUAUGUCUUCGGAAACGCGACAGUUUCCAGAAUGCCAAGUUGAUCCUCAGCGUAGAUAGCUGCAGGCUGCUCUUUAUUCAAACAUUCAUUUUCUAAUCUUAUUUCUGGAGGCCUGUGUGACAUUCGGGGCGGUGAGCUUGUCUUUACAUACUAUCAUGAGAGUAAACAAAUGAGGCGUCCAGAGAGGUGCAGGGAGCUCCGGUGCGCUCUGAUCCAGGACGACAUGAAACCUUCAUGUUAGCUCCAGUCUCCAGAUGGUUUCAUGUUGGGGACGAAUCCUGCUUUCUACGGACUGAAGAGCGGCCGAGCCUGAGACACCCCGCGGCUCUACCCUCCGGUGCAACCAGCCAGCCAACCGACCACACAUUUAAUUUCCUCACACCUACAGCUGGCCGCCGGCAGAGACGCGCAGAGGAGACGCUUCAUGGGCGUCCUCGUCUGCUGAACACGGAGCUGCAGAUCGGCUCUCCGGCUGCAGGUGUUCGGCUGAAGAUACAAGACAACCCGAUGUGCUUAUGAGACGUUCCGAUCCAGAUGGGAUGUAAUGUUGUGUGGCUGCACAGCUGAGCAUUGGUCUCCUUCUCCGCUGCUUCGUGAAGAUUGGCUUUCGGUGUCCACAGAAUGGCGCGGUUCGGAGACGAGGUACCGGCCAGGUACGGCGGAGGGCCCGGCGGAGGGGGCCCGGGCGGUCGCGGCGGUAGCAGGCAAGGUGGACCCCACGGACACGGUCACGGCCACGGCCAUGGCCACGGCCACGGUCCACCCGGAGGCCCCGGGGCCCAGAGAAUGUACAAGCAGUCUAUGGCGCAGAGAGCCCGGACAAUGGCCCUCUAUAACCCCAUCCCUGUGCGCCAGAACUGCUUCACGGUCAACCGGUCGCUGUUCAUCUUCAGUGAGGAUAACUUCGUGAGAAAAUACGCCAAAAAGAUCACCGAAUGGCCUCCAUUUGAGUGGAUGAUUCUCGCCACCAUCAUUGCCAACUGCAUCGUCUUGGCUCUGGAGCAACAUUUGCCUGACGGGGACAAGACGCCGCUGUCUGAACGCCUGGAUGAUACAGAGCCGUACUUCAUCGGGAUCUUCUGUUUUGAGUCUGGAAUAAAGAUCCUGGCACUCGGCUUCGCCUUCCACAAGAACUCCUACUUGAGAAACGGAUGGAAUGUCAUGGACUUUGUGGUGGUGCUCACGGGGAUUCUGUCCACUGUGGGCUCAGAUUUCGACUUGCGGACCCUCAGGGCUGUUCGAGUCUUAAGGCCUCUCAAACUGGUGUCCGGUAUUCCCAGCUUACAGGUGGUGCUUAAAUCCAUCAUGAAGGCCAUGAUCCCCCUGCUGCAAAUUGGCCUCCUGCUUUUCUUUGCCAUCCUCAUGUUCGCCAUCAUCGGCCUGGAGUUCUACAUGGGCAAAUUCCACACGACCUGCUUCGACAAUCACACAGGUGAGAUCAAAGAAGAGUUUCCGUGUGGGGAUGAGCCUCCGUCACGGCUCUGUCCAGAAGGCACCACCUGCAGAAAGUACUGGUUGGGACCAAACUAUGGCAUCACGCAGUUCGACAACAUCCUGUUUGCUAUUCUCACCGUCUUCCAGUGUAUCACCAUGGAGGGCUGGACUGAGCUGCUCUACUGGAGCAACGAUGCCUCAGGGAGUGCAUGGAACUGGAUGUAUUUCAUCCCCCUCAUCAUCAUCGGCUCCUUCUUCAUGCUCAACCUGGUGCUGGGUGUGUUGUCAGGGGAGUUUGCCAAAGAGAGAGAACGAGUGGAGAACAGGAGCGAGUUCCUGAAGCUCAGAAGACAGCAGCAGAUUGAGAGAGAACUCAAUGGUUAUCUGGAGUGGAUCUGCAAAGCUGAAGAGGUCAUCUUGGCGGACGAUGAAAACGAAAAUGAUUACGAUGGUUCCCGUAGGAGAGCUACAAAGAACCACAAGAGCAAAGCUGAGCUUCUAAACCCAGAGGAAGGGGAGGGAGAUCUGGCAGUAGGUUCACCGUUUGCUCGUGCCAGCCUGAAGAGCUCCAAACUCGAAGGCUCGACUUUCAAGCGGCGGGAGCGGAGAUUACGCUUCCUGAUCCGACACAUCGUGAAGUCUCAGGCCUUCUACUGGACCGUCCUGUGCUUGGUGGGCCUCAACACGCUGUGUGUGGCUGUAGUUCACUACGACCAGCCGGAGCCGCUCUCAGAUUUUCUCUAUUUUGCUGAAUUCAUCUUCCUGGGGAUCUUCUUGUCUGAGAUGAUGAUAAAAAUGUAUGGCCUGGGCAAGCAGGCCUACCUCAACUCCUCCUUCAACUGCUUCGACUGCCUGGUGAUAUGUGGGAGUAUAUUUGAAGUGCUGUGGUCCAUCAUCCAGCCGGGCACCUCGUUCGGCAUCAGUGUGCUUCGAGCUCUCAGGUUAUUGAGGAUCUUCAAAGUCACCAAGUACUGGGCAUCUCUGCGUAACCUCGUCGUCUCUCUGCUCAACUCCAUGAAGUCCAUCAUCAGCUUGCUCUUCCUGCUCUUCCUCUUCAUCGUUGUCUUUGCUCUGUUGGGGAUGCAGCUCUUUGGAGGACAGUUUAAUUUUGAAAACGGCACCCCUCCGACCAACUUCGAUACUUUCCCCGCAGCAAUAAUGACGGUGUUCCAGAUCCUGACCGGCGAGGAUUGGAACAUGGUGAUGUACGACGGCAUCAAGUCUCAGGGCGGAGUCAACAAGGGAAUGGCCUUCUCUGUCUUCUUCAUCGUUCUCACACUUUUUGGCAACUACACUCUGCUGAAUGUGUUCUUGGCCAUCGCUGUGGACAAUCUGGCCAACGCACAGGAGCUGACCAAGGAUGAACAGGAGGAAGAGGAGGCUGCCAGUCAGAAGAUCGCUCUGCAGAAAGCCAAGGAAGUGGCUGAAGUCAGCCCACUGUCUGCUGCCAAUCUCUCCAUAGCAGCCAACAAAGUACACAGUGAGUGUCACAACGCUACCGACCCCUUUCUGGACUGUAAGGAGCAGCAGAAAAACCACAAUAAGGGAAUCAAUAAGUCGGUGUGGGAGCAGCGCACCAAGGAGCUGAGGAAACAGACUCUGGCGUCCAGCCGUGAGGCCCUCUAUAAUGAACUGGACCCUGACGAUCGCUGGAAGGCAAGGACAGGGAGGGAGGAGCACAACAAUGUGAACUUCUCACGCCACAUCCGCCCGGACAUGAAGACCCACCUGGAUCGACCCUUAGUGGUCGACCCCCACGAGAACCGCAACAACAACACCAACAAGACCACUGCCAACAACUCAGACCUCUGCGUCAGCCAGCACCACCCUGCUGACGAGCUCAACAGGCAGACCCGCCUCCACGAGCACCACGGCCAGGUAGGAGGAGGUGGCGGAGGGUCGGGUCCAUCCAGGCCUCCGCUGGAGCGCGGGGAGUCCACGGAGAGUAAACGCAGUCGUAAAGGCGACCAUCACCGCGCCUCUCAUCGGCUGGACGCUACGGUGAUCCCCGGGCCGGGCUCGGAGGAGAGGCCGUCCAGGCGCCAUCACCACACUCGGAGCGGCAGUCGAGGGGGAGGACAGUCGGAGCACAGGAAGCCCAGGUCGCAUCGAAAGAACACAGAAGACAGCGAGGACGGCACAGGAGGAGGAGGUGGAAAAUCAGGGAGACAUAAGAGCAAAGCAGUGGAUGGAGGUGGAGACGGAGGAGAGCAUGAGGGAGGUGGAGGUGGUGAGGGCGGCGAGAGGAGGCCGAGGAGGAGUCGCCAUGGAAACCAAACAGAUGGUGAAGGGAAGAGGAUGUGCCAACACAGAAGGAAGGACUGCAGUGUCCUGAACCUCUCCACCACACGUCCCAUCCAGAAGACCCUCUCCAGACAGAACAGCCAGUACAGCGAGGAUAUGGACAACCUCAUGAACACCAAGCUGGUUUCUGGCUCCACUCCCCCCGGUGAGGGUCACCCCAAUCCGAUCGCCAAUCACGCUGUAGCCCAAGCCUUCGGAUCCGCCCUCCACCUCGCUAACAGCGGCACUCAAGGAAGUUUGGUCACGUUGGACAGCUAUGGGAAUGUCGGACAUCACCGUGCCAACAGCGUGAUCAGGCUGCCUCACCCUGACUACACAGCUGUGGAUAUGCCAAUUUUUCCUUCCACCAACGCCAUACUGCAAGUUAAUAAAAAUGCCAACACAGAGCCUCUGCCAGCCAAAGAGGACAAGGACGACGAUGACGAUGAGAAGGGAGGCGAAGGAGGACCCAGGCCCAUGCCUCCAUUUAGCUCCAUGUUCAUCCUGUCCACAACCAACCCGUUUCGCCGAGCCUGUCACUACAUCUGCACCCUGCGUUACUUUGAGAUGUGCAUCCUGCUGGUUAUCGCCAUGAGCAGCAUUGCCCUGGCAGCUGAAGACCCCGUCUGGCCUGAAUCCCCCCGAAACAACGUUCUCCGUUAUUUCGACUACGUCUUCACAGGAGUUUUCACAUUUGAGAUGCUGAUAAAGAUGGUGGAUCUGGGGUUGGUCUUGCACCAGGGCUCAUAUUUCCGGGACUUGUGGAACAUCCUUGACUUUAUAGUGGUUAGUGGUGCUCUGGUGGCCUUCGCCUUCACGGGGAGCAGUAAAGGAAAAGAUAUCAGCACCAUCAAGUCUCUGAGGGUCCUGAGAGUGUUACGACCUCUGAAGACUAUUAAACGUCUUCCCAAACUCAAGGCUGUGUUUGACUGUGUGGUGAACUCUCUGAAGAAUGUGCUCAACAUCCUGAUUGUCUACUUACUCUUCAUGUUCAUCUUCGCUGUGGUGGCGGUGCAGCUCUUCAAGGGCCGAUUCUUUUUCUGUACCGAUGAAUCCAAAGAGUUUGAGCGUGACUGCAGAGGCGAAUAUUUGGUGUAUGAACGCGAUAACGGAGUGAGGGCGCAGAAGCGGGAGUGGAAGAAGUACGAUUUCCACUACGACAAUGUGGCUUGGGCCCUUCUCACCCUCUUCACCGUGUCCACUGGAGAGGGGUGGCCGCAGGUGCUGAAACAUUCAGUGGAUGCGACCUAUGAGAAUCAGGGCCCGAGCCCAGGAUACCGGAUGGAGAUGUCCAUCUUUUACGUGGUGUACUUCGUGGUCUUCCCCUUCUUCUUCGUCAACAUCUUCGUAGCUCUCAUCAUCAUCACCUUCCAGGAACAAGGGGACAAGAUGAUGGAGGAUUACAGUUUAGAAAAGAACGAGAGAGCCUGUAUAGACUUUGCCAUCAACGCCAGGCCUCUGACACGUCACAUGCCUCAGAACAAGCUGAGCUUUCAGUAUCGGAUGUGGGAGUUUGUGGUGUCACCGCCGUUUGAGUACACAAUCAUGGCGAUGAUCGCACUCAACACGGUUGUACUGAUGAUGAAGUAUGAUGGAGCUUCUGAUACCUAUGAAGACGUGUUAGCCAACCUGAACAUAGUGUUUACCUCCCUCUUCUCCAUGGAGUGUGUACUCAAGAUCAUCGCCUUUGGAGCACUGAAUUAUUUCAAAGAUGCCUGGAAUAUUUUUGACUGUGUGACAGUUCUGGGCAGCAUCACUGACAUCCUGGUUACCGAGCUUGGGAAUAAUUUCAUCAACCUAAGUUUCCUAAGGCUGUUCAGGGCAGCUCGUCUCAUCAAGCUACUGAGGCAGGGAGAAACUAUUCGCAUCUUGCUCUGGACCUUCGUUCAAUCUUUCAAGGCGCUGCCUUAUGUCUGCCUCCUCAUUGCCAUGCUGUUUUUCAUCUACGCCAUCAUUGGGAUGCAGCUGUUUGGGAAUAUUGCGAUCGAAGAAGACGGAGAGAGCGCCAUCAACCAACACAACAACUUCAGGACCUUCAUACAGGCUCUGAUGCUGCUCUUUAGGAGUGCAACAGGAGAGGCGUGGCAUGAGAUCAUGCUGGCGUGUCUGGGCGGUAAAGACUGCGACCCCAUGUCAGGGAACACGGCGCCAGAGUGUGGCAGCCAGGUCGCCUACCUCUACUUUGUCUCCUUCAUCUUCUUCUGUUCGUUCCUGAUGCUGAAUCUGUUUGUGGCCGUCAUCAUGGACAACUUUGAGUACCUGACCAGGGAUUCCUCCAUCCUGGGACCUCACCAUUUGGAUGAGUAUGUCAGGAUAUGGGCCGAGUAUGAUCCUGCUGCUUGUGGCAGGAUCAGUUGCAGGGAAAUGUAUGACAUGCUGAGGCACAUGUGUCCUCCACUAGGCCUCGGGAAGAGGUGCCCGGCACGGGUGGCCUACAAGAGACUGCUGCGUAUGGACCUGCCCGUGGCCGACGACAACACGGUCCACUUCAACUCCACCCUCAUGGCUCUGAUCCGCACAGCGCUGGACAUCAAGAUCGCCAAGGGUGGCAUUGACAAGCACCAGAUGGACGCAGAGCUGAGGAAGGAGAUGAUGGCGAUAUGGCCCAACCUCUCCCAGAAGACUCUGGAUUUGCUAGUUACACCGCACAAGUCAGCGACAGACCUGACAGUGGGGAAAAUCUACGCUGCCAUGAUGAUCAUGGAGUACUACCGGCAGAGCAAGAUCAAACGCUCACAGGCCCUCCGGGACGAUCAGAAUCGAACGCCAUUACUGUUUCAGCGCGUGGAGCCGCCUACCCCCGCCCAGGACGGGGGUCCGGGACUCACCAAUGCUCUGCCUCCACCUGAGACCAUGGAGACGGGCAACAGCCUGCCGGUGGAGGGGGGGGUCCCGGAAAGCCAUUCGUGGGUGACGGCUCGUGCUCAGGCAAUGUCCCAGAAGGUCGGCAGCUGGAGCCCCGAGGGACACCCUGAGGAUGGCUUAGGAAGCAUGACCAACUCCCAGACGGUAGAGAUGAGAGAGAUGGGGCAGGAUGGGUACUCGGAUACUGAGCACUUUCCACCAAUGGAAGGCCACGGCAGGGCCGCUUCCAUGCCCCGCCUCCCAGGCGACAACCAACAGCGGAGGAAAGGGAAGCAACGUGGCAGUAACCUCAGUACCAUCAACGACAGCAGUCCCAUGAAGCGCUCGGCCUCGUCGCUGGGUCACAGCAGGUCCGGACGUGGCCACCGGGACAAAGGAGGGCCAGAUGAUUACAACAUGGAGCGUACAAUACCCGAAGAGGGCAGAACGUCCAGACACGGACACCGGCGAAAAGACCGGAGUCAUCGGGCGUCUGAGAGAUCCCUCUGUCGCUACACGGAGGGUGACACGGGCCUGGGCACAGACCUGAGCACCACCACCCAGUCAGGUGACCUCACAUCUAAAGACAAGGAUCGUGGCCGGUCCAAAGACCGUAAGCACCACCACCAUCACCACCACCACCACGGCUCCGUGGACAAGGAGCGCUAUGUAGCAGAGCGAGCCGGCGAGUAUGGACACCGGCACUCCCGGGACCGAGAGCACGACCGGGAGAGGGAGAGGGAACGGGACCGGCGCUGGUCAAGAUCACCCAGCGAGGGCCGUGAGUGCAUGACGCACAGACAGGGCAGUAGUUCGGUCAGCGGAAGUCCCGUCCCCUCAACCUCGGGGACCAGUACGCCACGCCGAGGCCGCCGACAGUUGCCUCAGACCCCGGCGACACCCCGGCCCCAUGUCACGUACUCCCCUGUAGUCCGUAAGGCCAUGCCCACCCCUCCUGGGGGGCCGCAGGGCAGACCCCCAGCCCCGGCCCCUCGCCGCUUUUCUCCAGAGCCUCCCCAAGGCCAGGGUCCUCCCGCUGCUAGCCUCCCAUUGGCCCACCACGGUGCACCCCGCCAGGGUCAUCAUCCCCCGCCUCGCUGGGGGGACGCAGGUGGAGGAGGGGGCUCCAUGGAAGGGGACGGCUGCUUCUACAACCAGGACUACCAGGACUAUGAGCCCCACCAUGAACCUCCUGCCUAUGAGCCAAACCCCAUGCAGGGUGGCAACCCCCACCCUCAUGCCCUGGCCAACCACCCACUGCCACCUCCCACGCAGCCACAGCCGCAUAACCCCCACCCCAUCCCUCCACCGCAGCCCCACCCUGUAAACAACCUCCACCAUCAGCCCAGUCGCACCUCACCAAGGACUGCCCACCACGCGCCUCCCCCCACCACGGCCCUGACUGGGCCAGUCCAAGGCCAGGUCCAGCCUGCCGCCCAGCGCCGUCUGCCUAACGGCUACCGAUCUUCAUCGCCUUCCACACAUCUGCACGGACCCCCGCAUACAGGGCCUCACAAGGUCCCUCCUCCAGCUGGGCAUCCCAGGGGUCCCCGCAAGGGCCUGCAUGAACCCUACAGUGAGACGGAGGACGACGAUUGGUGCUAGCCUCUGGGGAUUGGGGAGGGACGUGAGGAGGAAAAAUAAUUGAUAAUUUGACUGAAAGAAGAUGGGAAGCUCUGAGCCAGAGCACUGACUGCCAAGGGAAACCACGACUUUUCUUUCCUGUCUAUUCAACUCUUUCCUCUCCUCCUCUGCUCGGCGUGUCCCAGGGAUGGUGGGCAUGAUGGAAGGACGGUGUCGGGAUAAAGGGAUGGAACAAGAAUGCUGAGGCAGAAUCUGGAGAAACAAGUAGCGUAAGGGGUUAAAAAAACCACCUCCAUGUUCUGCUCACAUUGUUGUUGAUCAUCUCUGGAUGCCAAAUGAGACCAAUCUCAAAUAGGAUGCAGGCAGGAGGAGCGAUGGACACUAGUCUUUGUGUCUUAAAUUAUGCCUCUGGCAAUGAGCUAUAGCCACUUACAAGAUGUCAAGAGUUGCGACUCGACAAAAGACACUUUACAGUCAGAGACAAAAGAGCAACCAUUUUUUUCUUUUUUUUUGCUUCUCAAAGCUAACUUCUGUCCAGUUAGCUUCAAAAGGAAUCCAAUCCAACCCUCCCAGCCACCACUUGAAUAUUGAUGAGUUUUAUCAUCUGUGUUUUUAAAUAAGAACAAAACUGACAAAGAGCCGUCCGCCUGUAUGAGGUGAGGAGGCUACGUGGGUGGGAGAGUUGGGAAACGUUGCACGGGGGUUGGAGUCCCUCUGGUGAAAGGUCUGGAGGACAGGAUGGGUGCGUUGGGAAUGCUCACCCUCCCAGAAACAAACUAUUAAACCAACCUCAACCUGUGACCUACGAGAGAAGAAAAACAAAGAUGUGGCGAUGGGUUUCAGAAACAAAAAAACAAACCAGUAACUGUUUUCUGCAGUAUUUCUUCUUCUAUUCCUGCAGCUGCUUCUUCUUCUUCCUCCUUCUCUUCUACUUGUUCAAAACAUUGAAGCUUGAAUCUUCUGUUGCACCCCACGCGGCUUCGUUUUUUAGACUUGCGGAGUUGUACACCCUUUGGAAUCCUGCAUGAAUGAUACAAAAGAAUACUAAUAAUAGCAACAAUGAGAAUCUACUGUCUGUGGAGGGAAAUGUUCCUCAGUCCUUUCUGUUGUGGUCUGUAGGGUUUCUCUCUUUUUUUAUUAAAAAUGCUUUCUGUCUCUCUCUCUCUCUCCUCUGAAUGACGUUCCUCUCUCUGUACUUUCAUUUACACUUAAAAUCAAUCAGCAGACGGUUAUGGGGAGAUCAGAUAAUUGCCGUAUGUAGAGGGAACAAAGAAAAUUACUUUUUGCUUGCUUGUCUACUGUCUGUUCUGUGCCAAAUGCCUGCCACCGAUACAAAUGGAAUUGCACAUAUUUUUUUGUGGAAGUAACUUUUUGUAACCAAGGUUUAAAAUGAUAAAAAUGGAAAGCAGGGUAUACAUGUGGAUUUAAAAAAAAAGAGAAAAAAAUGUCAAUACUGAGUGAGUAAGUGAUGACAAAUCCGUCACAUGUCAAAGUCUUCCAGGGUUUGGGGGUUAAAGCAGAGGCAUCAGAGAGAAAGAGACCAACAGAAAGGAGAGAAACUCUUCAUCUUCGUUUUCUUUGUUACUGAACGUAAUAAUGGGUAAUCCGAUAAAUAUAAUAACUUCAAAUGAUCGUAGGAAUGAGACAGAUUCUCCAUGUCUGGUUUGGUUGUGUAUGUUCUGUUUUAUUGUGAGCUCAGCUAAUAAUUUUUCCAACCCUGGGGUGGAGCUCCAAACACACAGCUACAUUACGGGAGAAUGAGGGAAAAACAUGAAUUCAAAUUUAACCAAAGACAGCGAAUAUCUGUCUUAUCCCUCUCUGGAAUUCAGACAGUGGGUGGAUUGGACCGAAACAAAGCAGUGGCCUACAGGCUUCCACUCUGCUGCAGUUCUAACGUAGAGUUCCACCACCGCUAGUGACCUUCAGGUGGCGCUGUAUGACAAGCAGUGUGCCUCUGGUUUUUUCUACCGCUCCCUUUACUUCACUUGUGAUCCAGAGACGUCCUUCAGAGUCGCUGCUCCAGUAAAGCAGCUCAUUCUCUCAGCAGUAGACCACCUCGUCUGUGUUCAAACUUGUAGCACGGUUCAGAUGGGUUGGAGAAAAGAUGUCUGGGCCUCGUCACGGUCCUGGAAAACACCUUUAUUCUGUGUAUGUGUCACUCCUGACUUUUAUUUCUAUCUGUGUGCCUCAAACUAACACUUGUCACUAACGCACACCACUGUCAGCCCACACACUGUCGUUUUAUUUCACCUGCAUUUCAACCUGGAGGCCUAUCACAUGUUGACCAGAGAAUGCAUUGAAAAAAAUAGAAAUGGAAAAAAACUGCCUAUUAGUGUCUUUCCAACCUCAGUGGAAUGUCACAGAUGAGUAUAUUUCAUGUCACUACACUUCAGAUCAGAAAGCACACUAGGUAUGUAGCUCCUGGGUGUGGUGUGUGUAAGUGGGUUUUUGCAUUAAUGUGUGUUACACGAGUGAGUGGGACAAAUUUAGGUGUUUUUUCUUUUGUUUUUUGUGCUGCUUUGGUUUCUAUUCUUUGUUUCCAGAAAUCCUUUGGAAAUCUCGAAAUGUUUCGGUCCUGUUACUGUAAUGAUCUUCGACUCUGUGUGUGUGUGUGUGCGUGCGUGCGUGCGUGCGUGCGUGCGUGCGUGCGUGCGUGCGUGCGUGUGUGUGAUGAAACAUGCAACACCCCCCCCAAAAACAUUCACCUUCCAUCUUUGUGUAUAUGCUGCAGUAAAAUCCACUAACACGCUGAUUAACCACACAAAAUCUUCAAAAAGCAAUGUAAAGUCGCUACUGGGAGAAAAAAAAAAGAGUUUUUUAAGUACAAAAGAUUUUAAAAAAAAGGAAAAAAUAUCUAGUUCCAGAAAUGCAUGUGCUAUGUGCAUGCCACACCGUGGGUUAAAAGUCAUCUUCAGGACAUAAAAAGAAAAAGCAGAUUAAUUAAUUCAGAGGAAUAAAAAAGAAAAAAGAUAUAUAAAUAGAUAGAUGUUUUUAAAAAGCAAUGUUUCCUUUUUUCCUUCUAUUUUUGAGAACAAAAAAGGUUGAAAAAACAAAAAAAAAUGUCUAAAGAGUAAAAACACAGAAGAGACUUUGGUGACAGUCAAAGUCUUGUUUGUUUUCUUCUAUUACAUGGGGUUGAGGCACAACACGACCAUGUUCAGGACACCACAAAAAAGAACUGUUUUUAAUGAAAACAUGAAAAAAUAAGAAAAGAAAGUGCAGUUCAGACGAUGGUGUAUUCUCCCUUCUCCUUGGUGUGGGGGUCAGAGGCUGCCGGAGCCAAACCCAUGAUGUUCUGAUUCUGAUUGGCCUCUGAUCGCCCACUCACUCCCUCUUUUCUCUCUCUCUCUCUCUAACUCUGUCUCUCUAACACUCUUUACCUGUCGCACUCUCAACCAGUCUCACCGCUAUUUCUACCAGUGCAUUUUGUAAUUCCAAACAGAACUCUUCCUAAAGAAUAAAAUCCAGAGAGAAUGCA